AUGAUGCGCGGAGUUUACGAACCGCCUUCGUCCACCCACUUAACCCCCAAUGCGCCCUACAACCUUGGCCUAGCCGCUUCGGCAUCAUCCACCUCCACGUACGCCGCCUCAUUCUGGUCCGACGCCUGCUCUCAACGCUCAGACGACUCGGUCUCGACCGCCCCAUCCUCUUACUCCGACUCGUGCGAUUCAUACUACUUCUCCCACGCCCCAGCCUCGUCACAAACCUCGGUCAGCUCCAUUGGCAGCUCGUGCGACUCGUCCGUCAGGUUGCACGAGCCUUGGGCCAGAUCUCAGUUUUCAGCACCGGCGCAAGUCGAGAUCCCUGUGGAGCUGCGCCAGAACCCGCGACGCACUUGCAACUCGGCGAUUUCGCGCACCGGUCGCCCGCCCUCGCUCGUGCGACAGUCCGAUCGGAAGCUCAGCUUCGUCGAGAACCUUGUCGACACGUCCACCCAUAUCGUCGAAGCUAUUUGGCCUACCUCCUCGGUGCUUCCUCGUCAUGACAGCGGAAACAAAGCAGUGCUGCCGCUGCGCACCUUUAUUCAGGAGACGCUGCGCCGCUCGCGGACCAGCUAUUCCACCUUGCAGGUGGCUCUCUACUACCUGGUCCUGAUCAAGUCUCAUGUUCCCGUGUACGACUUCACGACGGAGCAGCCGGAUGACUGUCGCUCCAGCCAGGCGAUUCAAUGCGGCCGCCGCAUGUUCCUCGCAGCCUUGAUCUUGGCCUCCAAGUAUCUUCAGGAUCGCAACUAUUCGGCUCGUGCUUGGAGCAAGAUAUCGGGUCUUGACACGCUCGAGAUCAACCAGAACGAAAUGGCUUUUCUCGUGGCGGUCAACUGGAAACUUCAUGUCACUGAGGAGCUCUACAAGCGGUGGGCCGACUGCGUGUCCAAGUUCACGCCGACGCAGCCUCCCUCACCUGGCGGCGUUGCCCAACAGAUUUACGAACAACAGUGCCAUGACUUUCGGCGCAUCAUCCUCAACAUGUCUCCGGAGCUGGAUAACCUGGAAGAGCUGGUUUCCUGGUCGCCACCCCUGUCGCCAGCCCACGAACUCCCUCCUAGGUCUCUCUAUACGCCUCCGGCGGAGCGCGCGGGUACUUCUGGGUUCGACAGCAAGCUUGGUUCAGCCUCGAUGCCUCAAUGUAUGCCUGCUGUGAUGGAGCCAGUUCCGCCGAUGGCGUACGCUCCGGGACGCUUGGCACCCGCAUUCGGUCUCCUGCCCACGCCGCGCUUGACCCCCCAGACUUCGGGUAUCAGCACUCCUGCAGCGAGUGCUGUGACCUGCCUUCUGGGAAGGGGCUCGUCAAUGGGAUUCGCGAUGACUCUGGCAUCAGCAUCCAUGUCGGCCCAGUCUGCGGAUCGGUGGCCGCCGUCGGGGAACUCCUCGCCAAUGAACUAUGUGGCUCGUCGUUCAUCCCUGGCGAAUUCGGUGUCGACCGCGUCUUCGCCUGAAUCAAUGGUGUCGGAUUCUUCCCGGCUUUCUCGCUCUUCAUCGAUCUCCUCUGCUUCCUCGGUCACCGCGCCGUCAGCCAAAAUGGAUGCUCUGGCGCGUUACCGGUACGGGAAGUUGUGCAGCGACAGGUUGAGCUUGAGACCGACCAUUGCUUCGGUUCCUGAAGACCAGGAAGAUGCCUACAUACAACUGACGUUGUCGCCCGAGUCCUAUACUUUCACAGCUGGAAAAGACUUUUGCGAUGCGUCGUUAGAUACGCCUUUGGCACGCCGGGAACGCGAGAUGACCGAUGCCGCUCGGGCUCUUCAAGAACUGCAGCGCUAUGGCGGUAGCCGGACGUCGGCGGAUGUCAAGACCGGAUCCAAGCGAUGCCGGGCGAACUCGGUGCAGGACGACGUUCGCGAGAUGCUCACGAGCCAGUCUCGGAGCGGCAAUUCCUGGCCGGACACCAUGGUUCGCGAACUGACUCAACAGGUCCCGGUGCUUCGAGGCAGCUCCAAGCGAGUCUGCUGCUCGACUGAGGCAGCCCGAGCGCCGAGUAUCCCUUCCCUACAUCUCGCUGUUGGAGGUUAUGGCGGGCCUGGCAUGUGGGAAGGGAUCCUGAAGUGA